AAGUCUUUUCCUUUAGCUGCAUCCAAGCUAUUUAGUUGUGAUCAGAUGAUCCGGGCAGCAGUAACUGAUUGGAGAGCCGGCUGGCUGCAGCUGCAGUGUAGGCUGCUGUCAGGGACAAGGAGCCACUGUUGUACAAACAUAGCAUCAACAUAGAAGUUAUUUUGUGGGCUUCAGGAUGCAGAUAUGGGCUGUGCUGCCAGCAUUGUUCUGCUCCAAGCCUUUCGGUCUGUGGUACAGAGGAGCUGUCCUCACAUUUGCACAAGACGACAAGAAGAUCUGUCACAUGAAAUUGUGCUACAGGAUGAUGUGGAUGAAAUAAGCAGACCGAGAACUCUGAUCAUAAUGCAUGAGAAACCUAAACUCCUAGAGCCAUUGGAUUAUGAGUCUGCCAUUACAGAACUAGAAAAUACCUAUUCCAACGACCCUUUAAAAGAUCUCAUCUUAUUCCCUGAAGAUGACUUCUCAGUGGAAACGAUACCCCUUGGUAUUGAAACCGUGUAUUCUAGUGUACCCGAAGAUGCUGAACAGAAAGCUGAACAUUUAUUGGUCAAAGAGGCCUGCAAAUAUUAUAACUCCCACUGGCAUGUAGUCCAUUUCAAGUAUGAACAAUACUCCGGAGACUUCCGUCAGCUGCUUCAAAAUGAAUCUAAGAAUGAAAAGCUUCCUUCACAUUCCUUUGAAAUUGACCAUGAAGAAGCCGACAAGGAUGAAGAUACAACGUCCCUGUCGUCUUCGAAAGGAGGUGGAGGAGGAGGGUCAGGAGUUUUCAAAUCUGGCUGGCUGUAUAAAGGGAAUUUUAAUAACACUGUGAACAAUAGCAUUACUGUACGGUCCUUUAAAAAACGUUUCUUCCAGUUGACUCAGCUCUCUGAUAACUCUUACAUUAUGAAUUUUUACAAAGACGAAAAAAUCUCCAAGGAACCGAAAGGCUGCAUAUUCUUAGACUCUUGUACAGGCGUUAUCCAGAAUAAACAGCUUAGGAAGCAUGCCUUCGAGCUGAAAAUGAAUGAUCUGACAUACUUUGUGCUGGCAGCUGAAACGGAGCAAGAUAUGGAUGACUGGAUAUCUACACUCAACAAAAUCUUACAAAUAAAUCCUGAAGGAACAAUUCCAGAGAGGAAAAGUGUGGAUUUAUCUGAUCACAAACUCGAGGACCCGGGAGACUCUCUACUAAACUAUGAAUCGUCACAUGAAGAAGCUGAUUGUGUAGACAACUCCCAGCAUCCAGAUCUAGCUAAGUACCUUUCAGAAACUGAUGAAUCUAUAAGAAUGAAUAGAAACGUGGAGAGGCACAAUCUGUUUUCCUUAGACCCUGAUCUGUGUGUAACAAAGCUGCAGAAUUCAGCAAGCGACUCUGUGAUCAAACCAUUCGAGGAAAAGACAACUAAGAGGAUUAUGAUAUCUUGUAAAUCUCUAAGUCUGAAUCUUCAGGCCUGCAUCAAAGAGAAUGAGAGUGAACCAGUAACCAACAUUGAACCCUUCUUUAUAAGUGUAGCUCUCUGUGACCUCAGAGAAGGGAGGAAGAUCUCAGCUGAUUUCCAUGUCGAUCUAAACCACGACAUUGUGAGAAAAAUGAUUUGCACUUCUGCAGGAUCUGUGGAAAAUGGUACAACAUCUCCAUCGAUCAGUCCUACCAGAGUCCUGGAAGAGCCUGAAGUCCGUGGCUUCCCUGAAAAGUGGAUAAAGUAUCCUAAGCAGGCCAUUUUCUCUGUAACCAAUCCACAUAAUGAAGUGGUUUUAGUUGCAAGAAUAGAAAAAGUUCUUAUGGGAAAUAUUGCCAGUAAUGCUGAACCAUAUGUAAAGAAUUCUGAUUCUAGCAAGAUGGCACAAAAACUGCUGAAGUCAGCAAAACAGUUUUGUAGCAGGUUGGGGAAAUAUCGGAUGCCAUUUGCUUGGACAGUCAGGCCGGUAUUUAAAGACAACAGCGGAACCAUUGAUCGAGAAUCCAGGUUCUCCCCUCUCUUCAGACAGGAAAGCAAUAAGAUCUCCACUGAAGACCUCAUAAAACUGGUGACUGAAUACAGAAGGGCAGAGAAGAUUAGCAAGAUACAAAUCAUCCCUGGAAGCCUGGAUAUAUCAGUAGAGGCUGUACCCAUGGACCAGUCAAACUGCCUUACCUCAUCUCUAAUACCAAUCAAACCCUUUGGUGAAAUAGAGAAAUAUCUACCCACUGUGGAAGUGGAGGAAAUUGUACAGGCAACAACCAAAUAUUCUCAGCCUUAUAGGACUUAUAAGAACCAAAUAUACCUGUACCCCAAACACCUUAAAUAUGACAGCCAGAAAUGCUUCAACAAGGCGAGGAACAUCAUGGUUUGUGUUGAAUUUAAGAGCUCAGAUGAAGAAGGAAGCCUACCAUUAAAGUGUAUAUAUGGGAAGCCUGGUGGGCCUCUGUUUACAACAGCAGCAUACACCACAAUCCUUCAUCAUACUCAGAAUCCAGACUUCUAUGAUGAGGUGAAAAUUGAGCUUCCCACUCAGCUCCAUGAGAAACAUCACAUUCUGUUUUCAUUCCAUCACGUCACCUGUGACAUAAAUGCAAAAGCUAAUGCCAAAAAGAAAGAGACUCUGGAAACACCAGUUGGGUUUGCUUGGCUGCCGUUGUUUAAGAAUGAACAGCUCACGUCGCAAGAACACCUCAUUCCUGUCGCUGCCUACUUACCUGCAAGAUACUUGAGUGUAGAAGAUGGUUCUACAGGAAAGUAUACUGCAAAUGACAUUAAAUGGGUUGAUGGAGGAAAACCACUUUUUAAAGUAUCAACAAUUGUUGCAUCAACCGUGUAUACUCAGGAUCCAUAUCUGAAUGACUUUUUCCAGCAAUGCCAAAAACGGGACAAUGACCUGUCAAAGCCUCCAUCCUAUAAUUUUCUGGUGUCUUGUAAGAAUCUACUGAAUAUUGAGAAGAUCCACAUGGUUAUAAACUUUCUUCCUGUUUUGUUCAAUCAACUCUUUCAUGUCCUGACAAAAAAUGAUAAUGAUGAAGUGAUCACAGUAACUACAAGGGUCCUAACAGACAUUGUAGCUAAAUGUCACGAAGAGCAACUGGAACACUAUGUCCAUUCAUAUGUAAAGUAUGUGUUUAAAACAGUGCCAUAUGGAGAUCGUACAGUCCAUGAAGAACUUGCCAAAGGAUUGACAAGCCUUUUAAAAUGCAAUGACCUUAAUACAGUAAAGUUGGUACUAAGGCAUUCGCAGUUUUUCUUUGAGAUAAUUAUCAAGUCCAUGGCUCAACAUCUCCACGAUAAAGACAUGAUGCAGGUUGAGCGCACUAAGAGGUUCCCUAAAACCUUCCACAAUGAAUUGGAAUCGCUGGCGAUGAGCUUCUCAGACCAUAUCAUUUGGAAAUACAAAGAUGCCAUGGAAGAGACAAAAAAGGCUAACUUCAGCCUUGCCGGGUUUCUAAAGCGCUGUUUCACAUUUAUGGAUCGUGGAUUUGUAUUCAAGCUGAUAAGUGGCUGCAUCAGUAUGUUUAGUCCAGGAGACCACAAGAUUUUGUACCAGUACAAGUUUGAGUUUCUCCAGGAGGUCUGCAGUCACGAACAUUUCAUUCCUCUCUGUUUACCUAUUAGAUCUACAAACAUUCCAGAUUCUGUUACACCUACAGACUCUACAAAAGCGUACCAUGCUUUAGACAUGCCAGAGUACACCUUAACAGAUGACUUUUGUCGAAAACACUUCUUGAUCGGCAUACUGUUAAGGGAGGUUGGUUUUGCACUGCAAGAAGACCAGGAUAUUCGUCACCUUGCCCUGACAGCCCUGAAGAACAUUAUGGCUAAGCACUCCGUUGAUGACAGAUAUACAGACAAGGAAAAACAAGCGCAGAUAGCUAUUUUAUAUUUACCUCUCUAUGGUCUUCUCCUGGAUAACAUGUCCCGAAUUUUCAUGAAGGACUUUUUUCCAUUCUCACUUAAUACAUCCAACCAGGGCUCGAGAGAUGACCUGAGCACAGCGACGGCCUCCCAGAGCCAGUCUGUCAUGAAACAUGCUGCAUCAGCAGAUACCUCAUUUUCUAAAGAUGUCUUAAAUUCCAUUGCAGCUUUCUCAUCCAUUGCCAUCACUGCAGGGAACAAUGCCGACUCCAGGGCAUCGCUGGCCAGUCUCGAAUCAAUCCCAAGUGCCAAUGAAAAAAGUGAGAAGACUGAAAACUGUGAAAAGAUCACAAGGCCACUUUCUCUUAUCGGGUCAUCCCUACGAUUUGACAAACUUGAUCACAGUGAAACAAAAUGCCUGCUGAUCUGUUUCCUGCAUAUUAUGAAAAUGAUAUCCGAGGAUACAUUGGUCUCAUACUGGCAGAGGGCUCCAAACACCGAGAUCUAUGACUUCUUCAGCAUCCUGGAAGUGUGCCUGCAGAAUUUCCGAUACCUCGGCAAAAGAAAUAUUAUAAGGAAAAUAACAGCGGCUUUCAAACUAGCCCAAGCUACUCUGAACAAUGGAACCCUGAAAGGCUCAUCUUCACAAGCUGGUCUUCUGCCACAAUGGAUGCAGUCUGCACAUGACAGCCAUAAACAACCAAGAUCUCAAACACUUCCUAUAAUUCGAGGAAAAAAUGCACUCUCCAACCCAAAACUACUACAGAUUAUAGAACUGACAAGUUCCAUACCUAGUAAUUCCAAUGAAACUGACAUAGUGCACCACAUUGAUUCAGAUGGCAAUAUCGCCACCGAGGUCUGUCUUACUGUAUUGGACCUACUAUGUCUUUUUAAUCAAAGCAACCAGAAAUUAUACCUCUCUGACAGCCAGAGUGUGUUAAUGAAGAAAGUGUUUGACACGCAUCUCCUCUUCCUGCAAAUCAACCAGUCCGUCGCAGCCCUCCGCCAUGUGUUUGCUGCAUUAAGGAUGUUUCUAAGCAAGUUUCCUGCUGCAUUCUUUCAAGGACAAGCUGACCUCUGUGGUCCCUUCUGCUAUGAGGUUCUAAAAUGUUGCAAUCAUCGCUCCCGCUCGACUCAAAAUGAGGCCUCGGCUCUUCUCUAUUUCUUCAUGAGAAAGAAUUUUGAUUAUAACAAACAGAAGUCAAUUGUACGGUCACAUCUCCAGCUUAUAAAGGCAGUGAGUCAGCUGAUUGCUGAUGCAGGCAUCGGGGGCUCGCGAUUCCAGCAUUCCCUGGCAAUUAUCAAUAAUUUUGCUAAUGGAGACAAACAGAUGAAGAAUACACUAUUUCCUGCGGAAGUAAAGGAUCUGACCAAAAGGAUCAGGACCGUAUUAAUGGCAACAGCACAGAUGAAAGAGCAUGAGAAAGACCCAGAGAUGUUAGUGGACCUUCAGUACAGCUUGGCAAACUCAUAUGCCAGCACUCCAGAGCUACGGAGAACCUGGCUGGAGAGCAUGGCCAAAAUCCAUGCUAGAAAUGGGGACUUAUCAGAGGCCGCCAUGUGUUACGUCCAUAUUGCUGCAUUAAUUGCAGAAUAUUUAAAAAGGAAAGGUUACUGGAAAAUUGAAAUCAGUCAGGCCCCAAGCAUGAUGGUGGAAGAAGAUAAUUGCUCUGAUUAUAACCAUUUACUAAUCUCCACUGGUGCAAAAAGUUUGUUCUCGAUGGGGUGGCCAGCCUUUCAGAGUAUUACUCCAAAUAUCAAAGAAGAAGGGGCAAUGAAAGAAGACUCAGGGAUGCAGGACACCCCAUACAAUGAGAGCACUUUAGUGGAGCAGUUGGACCUGUGUGUUGACUUUCUCUGGAAAUCUGAGCGGUAUGAGCUUAUUGCUGAUGUCAGUAAGCCGGUCAUUGCUGUAUUUGAGAAACAGAGGGACUUCAAGCGUCUGUCAGAGCUAUAUUACCGUAUACACCGUUCAUACCUAAAAAUUGCGGAGGUUGUAAAUACAGAGAAAAGGUUAUUUGGACGUUAUUAUCGUGUCGCCUUCUAUGGCCAGGGUUUCUUUGAGGAAGAGGAAGGAAAAGAAUAUAUCUACAAGGAGCCCAAAUUAACUGGACUGUCAGAAAUAUCACAGAGGCUGCUCAAGUUGUACAGUGAUAAGUUUGGAGUAGAUAAUGUUAAGAUCAUUCAAGAUUCCAACAAGGUUAACCCUAAGGAUCUGGAUCCCAAAUUUGCCUACUUUCAAGUAACAUAUGUAAUGCCUUACUUUGAUGACCAAGAGCUUGAAGACAGAAAAACAGAUUUUGAGAGACAUCACAAUAUAAACAGAUUUGUGUUUGAGACACCAUUCACUUUGUCAGGAAAGAAACAUGGUGGUGUGGAGGAACAAUGCAAGAGGCGCACGGUGCUGACUACCAGUCAUUCAUUUCCAUAUGUAAAAAAGAGGAUACAGGUUAUUAGCCAGACAAGCACAGAACUGAAUCCCAUUGAGGUUGCUAUAGAUGAGAUGUCCAAGAAGGUCCAGGAGCUGCAGCAGCUUUGUACGAUGGAUGAUGUAGAUAUGAUAAGACUACAGCUGAAGCUUCAAGGAAGUGUUAGUGUAAAGGUAAACGCUGGACCGAUGGCAUACGCUAGAGCAUUUUUAACAGAGACAAAUGCCAACAAUUACCCUGAAAGUCAAGUAAAGCAUUUGAAAGAAAUAUUCAGACAAUUUGCAGAUACGUGCGGCCUGGCUCUGGAAGUAAAUGAGCGUCUGAUCAAGGAAGAUCAGUUGGAAUACCAAGAGGAGAUGAAGUCUCAUUACAGGGAAAUUCUGACGGAACUCUCUGAAGUCAUGAAUGAAGCGAUCACUUAUCGGGAAGACCCAGCAAAACAUCCCACAGCUGAGAAACAAUGCACCCUUCGGUCACUCAGCAGAACAAAUACAGGGCUGCCAAGCACAUCAUCCAAAGCGGAUUCCUGAUUGGACCAAUAUAGCACGUAUACCACAGACUGACCUGACCAAGGACUUGCUUCUUCAGGACACAGAUUGUAAUAUUAAUUUAUUCAGAAGCGUUACCGCCAGUGCUGAAGGCAGCGCUAGCGUAAUCCUUCUGCUGCCAAGGGGUUAACCAAUGGCAGAUGAGCACUCCCUAUAUGACUUGGUUGUCAUUAUUCAUGCUAAACCUAAUAUUAUUUUAUCUCCAGUGUCUAUUUUAAGAGUCUUAAUUCUAUGUUUUAUAAUAAAUAAGCAUAUUUGCAUUGAAAAUUGUAAAUAGAAGAUGUGUAAAAUUUGUCAUUUUUUUAUAGAAAUGAACCCAUAUCCACAAGAUAACUAAGAUUCUCUAGAUAUCCUUAGAUAAAGAUUUAUUAAAGUAUUUGUGAAUGUGCAUGGUUAUUAUGUGGUU